UAGCUACCAGGAGCCAGUGACCAGUAGGCAGUAGCCCAGUCUCCAGUGAGUGAGAGCAAGCAGCUCAACACCACACAGGGGAUAUCCCAAGCAGCAGCUAGCAUAUCUCAUACCCAGCGCAAUGCUGCCGUCCUUCUCGCCGGCGGCCACGGCGGCCCAGCCGCGCCGGAUCCCGGGCAGCCACGGGCCCCCGAUCCUCGGCCCACUAAAGGACCGGCUGGACUACUUCUGGUUCCAGGGGCCCGACGAGUUCUUCCGCCGCCGGGCCGCCUCCCACAAGAGCACCGUGUUCCGGGCCAACAUCCCGCCGACGUUCCCCUUCUUCCUCGGCGUCGACCCGCGCGUCGUCGCCGUCGUCGACGCCGCCGCCUUCACCGCCCUCUUCGAUUCCUCCCUCGUCGACAAGCGCGACUGCCUCAUCGGGCCCUACAACCCUUCCGCCGCCUUCACCGGCGGCACCCGCGUCGGCGUCUACCUCGACACGGCGGAGCCGGACCACGCCAGGACCAAGGCCUUCGCCAUGGAUCUCCUCCGCCGCAGCUCCAAAAUCUGGGCCGAUGAGUUCCUCUCCGGGCUCGAUUCCAUGAUCUCGAACCUCGAAUCCGAGCUCAACAAUGGCGCCGCCGCCGCGAGCUACCUGGUGCCGUUGCAGCAGUGCGUGUUCAAGUUCCUCUGCAAGGCGGUGGUGGGCGCCGACCCGGCCAUGGACAAGCUCGUGGACAGAUUCGGCUUCUUCAUCCUCGACCUCUGGCUGGGGCUGCAGCUGAUCCCGACCCAGAAGAUCGGGGCCCUGCCGCAGCCAUUGGAGGAGCUUCUCUUCCACUCCUUCCCUUUCCCGGCCUUCCUCAUCCGCCCUGGCUACGACGUCCUCUACCGCUUCGUCUCCAAGCACGGCGCCGACGCCGUCGCCGUCGGGGUAGACACCCACGGCCUCUCCCAGAAGGACGCCAUCAACAACAUCCUCUUCGUCCUCGGCUUCAACGCCUUCGGGGGGUUCUCCGUGUUCCUCCCAUUCCUCAUCCUCGAGAUCGGCGCCAAAACCCCCACCGGCGUAAACCUCCGGCCGAAACUCCGCGAGGAAGUCCGCCGCGUUUUGGAUGAGAACAAUGGUGCGAUCGGCUUCGGGGCGGUGAAGGGGAUGCCGCUGGUGAGGUCGACGGUGUACGAGGUGCUCCGGACGCGGCCGCCGGUGCCGUUGCAGUUCGGGCGCGCCAGGGAGAACUUUACCUUGAGGUCCCACGGCAGCGAAGGGUUCGCGGUGGCCGCCGGGGAGAUGCUCUGUGGGUACCAGCCGCUGGCGAUGCGGGACCCGGCGGUGUUUGACCGGCCGGAGGAGUUCGUGCCGGAUAGGUUCGUCGGGGAAGAAGGGGAGAAGCUGCUCAAGCACGUGUACUGGUCCAAUGGGCCCGAGACGGCGGACCCGGCGGUCGGGAACAAGCAAUGCGCCGCCAAGGACGCCGUCGUCGCCACCGCCUGCAUGCUCGUCGCCGAGAUGUUCCGCCGGUACGAUGAUUUUGAGUGCGAAGGGACAAGCUUCACCAAGCUCCAGAAGCGAUCAAGCUAACGUAUUUCAAAGAGGUUCAUUUGGAGUGUUAUUUUUCACUCUAUAGCUUGUCUCUCAGUAAAUAAGAAAAGGAGAGAAAUUCUCUCCUCUCCUGUUCAUAAUCUCUCUAUUGGUUGCGGUGGUAAAUGAAGCAUGAACUGUUUUAUGUAGCCUGGUGAUUAUUACUACCCGUACACAGUACACUCUGCAUGCA